ACAAAAAUCCAAACACUCAAAAUAAAACUGUUCUUCAAAAAUUGUUUACUUGAAAGAAUUUGUUGGUUUAAACGUUUGUUUUUAAUGUUGAAAAGAAGUUGUAAGAUUUUGAUUGAUUAAAUCUUCUGCUGUUAUUAAUUUUAAAAGACUUUUGUAUCCGAUUAAAUGACAGGCGAUGAUAUUUAUGAACAAAUAUGGUUUUUCGAAGAAGUCUUUUUAACAUUUUCUUUUAAACUUUAAAAUGGCUUGUUUAUUUUUAAAAAGAAAUUUGUGUCUUUAAAGUUUUUGCAAGUUACUGAAGGUAAGAUGGUCACAGCAAAAGUAACAUUGACGGAUGAAGAGCGGCCGGAAAAGUUGAAUACUCUCAUUCAGAAAGCUUCUGACCAUCUCCGUGAAUACCUGCACGAUCCACAAUAUGGAGAUUUACCAAAAGACCGUUCAGCAUUGUAUAAUGCAUUGCUGAACUCGAAAGAGAAGUUAACAAAAUGUCUAAAAGAAGAUCAAUUAGCAUUAGUCUAUCCACCAUCAGAAGAGACAGAUUCAAAAGACUUCGAUAUAACAUUACUCGCUGCUAUACUUCGUAAUUGUUGUCCAAAAAUAAAGAAACCAAAAGGAGGCUGGAGUAUUAAAACACCAAAGGAUGACGAUCACAGUGUAGCUGCAGAUAUUAUAAGACUCAGAGAGUUACGCAAUAAAGUAAAGCAUUGUGGGAGUGUGUCCUCCCAAAAAUUUGAAGACCUUUGGAAUAAAAUCCAAAAAGUUCUUGUUCGCCUAAAUUUCGAUGUGAGCAAACUAAAUGAUUUAAAACAGGGAAGCUUAGAGCUAUUUAAAAAUAUGAAUAUUACGAUGAACGAGAGGCUAAAUGAAAGUAAUGAAGCCGUUACUAAAUUGGAAGAUGCAUGUAAAGCCAUUAGAAAAAGCAACGAAAACAUAAAAGCAGAUUUUCAAGUCAUUGAAGAAAAAGUGGAACUGAUAAAACGAGACAGUGAAAGUAGCAUUAGCGAAGUAACGAAAAGAAUCGAAAAUUUGGAAUCAACCCUAAAGAUAUUUCCUGGAGAUGUAUUUACUGACGACAAGAGCGCGGUGGCUGGCUACAACGUGUUCAUCAACAAUAAUGGUAAUGUCAUUGUGCAGAUAGAAAGCGUGGACAAGAUCACAAGUGUAAAGAUGUCACUUGAAGAAUCUCUUUUCGAAUUGCUAACUGAAGAAGAUGAUUACAAGAUUAUACGAGAAGACGCGACUGUAUCCCUAGAAUUUAAUAAAAUCCAAAUAGAUACGGCGCGUGUAAUUUCAAUUGCAAUGAUUGACCAGGAAGGAGAAGAAAAAAUCUUGGACAUCAAUGACAUCGAGACAAGUUGCUUGCAUUGUCAUGUAAACAAUGCACAAGAUUACACAGUGUUUUCACACGGUGCUAACAAAAUCUCUGAAGACAUCAAACCCAUCCUGACGAAGCAAUUUGUAAAUUCUGACGUUGAAUAUGUUAUUGCAGGAAAGCUUCAUUCAGAAACUCCGCAACAAUGGCAGAAUCACGCUUUCCAAUACGCACAAGAAUAUUUGUUCGCCGGGAACACAUUUCUGAGCGAAGCAGUGCUGUUACCACCGCUCAAUCCUGCUAAUGAAAUUUCAAAACAUGCCCAGCAUAUAAAAAGUGCAUUAAUCUUGGAGUCUAGGAAGUAUAAAAAAUUCGGUAUUUUAACAAAUUACGAUAACGUCGAACAUUUAAAGUUUUUGAAAGGACCAUCCUUGAAGCAUUUCAAUAAUCAUAACAAGCGCAUGCUGUUGCUACACCCGCGUAGUAAUGUGGUUUGCAAUAUAAGAAUCACCCCAUCGACGAAAUUUGUAAAUAUAUUGAAUGAGUUCAAGUGCGGCGCUAAGGAUGUAGAAUACCUAAUUGUCUUGGUCCGCAUUUUAUUUCCGAAACUAGUUUUCAAUGUUAUAAACGUGGUUGCUGCACCAGAGUUUGUGGUUCACAAAGAAGAUAGGGCAUGCCAUGACUGUCAAAGUUUCCUGAUGGGUAAAGAAGCAUUCUCAACGAAAAAAAAUACAAGCCAAUUUAUUAUUUCGCUUAUCGAUCAAUGCCAGGAGAAAAAUGAGAAUUCACAAGAUGUUAAUGAGAAAAAUAGUUUUUUGAAAUUAUUUAGCCAAAUAGUUGCCUUUAUGGCUACGAGAAAAUGCAACAAACAACAUCUUCCAUCACUUAGCCAACGCUUACCUGAAAGAAUGGACUCAGUGUUGCUGACGGGAGAGCAGUUGCGGAUCCUACACAAUCCUGCAUCCAAGAAGAUAAUAUUGGGGAAUUUUGGUACUGGAAAAACGCAACUAGGCUUAUCUCAUUUAGAAAUGUUGGCAAACAAUGCUGAUACCGAUGAUAGAGUUUAUUAUAUCACCUGGGAAAGCAAAAUGUUGCUCGACAGUGUAAAGAAGUAUGUGAGUACUGUGAGUACACUGGCUAAAAACCGUAACAUUGUUGCCACAAGCAUGCUCGAGCUUUCUAGACAGUUCUUUACUAAUCGAGUUCCAAAAUUAUCCAGACUCUGGCAACGUCUUUCAAAAGAACAUCCUGAUUCGAAUGUUCAUAUGAUCGUUGAUGAAUACGAUGGAGAGCAGUUAAGUGAUUCAGAAGCCGAAAAACUACGCACGAUGGCGGGUAAGAAAAGGUUUUUACUCUCAACCAUUAUUUUGCUACCUCAUGCCAUCGCUAAACACAGAACGUUGGUGUCACGCAAUGAUAAAAAGCCUCACAAGAAGUACGAAUAUAACAAGACUGGCAUGGAAGUAUUCACAUUGUCCAAGUGCAUGAGAACUACUUGUAGCAACUUUGAAUUUAUCCAACAUGCCGAAUCGGUGUUUUUCAAAGAAAAAGUCACAAUUCGACAUCCCUCGUUCAAUUUAGAUAUUAAAAGUGAGAUCCAAGAAGCAAAUGCAGAGGAUGAGAUUCUACGAGUAGACACAGACCAAGAAUUUCAAGAUGAGGGAUACAUUGAUGAAAAUAGAUAUGUAUCUGACACUGAAGAAACAGAUGAUGUAGGAGAUGGUACCAUGGAAAAUUCAGAUCAAGAAGAUGACAGAAAUGCAAAUGAAGCUGGGCUGCCUUCCUUAAUCGAUAUUGACAUAGCCGCUGCUAAUAUGGAUAUGGAAACGAUUCAAUGCAACGAAGAUUUGAAAACGGAAACAAUAUUCAAAUGCGAAGCAGUAAACACCGUUGGUCAUGGCAUCACUGGAAAUAAACCAAUUUUGAUUUACUCUGACCAAGACAGCAACGAUAUAAGCGAGCAAUUAACAAUGUUGUGCAUAGCCUUAAAUGAAAACUAUUCCUUUCAUAAAAAGGAGAAUUUGCGAGUUAUAUACAACAGCGUCACACAGCGAAAGCUUUUUGAAGUAAUUUUAAGUGUUCUAGAAGUAUCCUACGUUGUCUACAAUUUGAAAGAAGAUGAUAACUGCGAAUUUAACACAGUCUUAGCUACUGCGCAAGACAGUAGAGGUGACGAUUGUGAAAAUGUCCUUGUAGGAGUAAACACGACGGAUCAAAAGCUGCUACAUCCUACGCUUGAAGCUAUGACAAGAGCAACGUGUCAGUUAAUCUUCAUUGAUUUUUCUGGAACGGAGAAGGAUAAAAAAAAUAGUGAAGGUAAUGCUCUUGCAAAGUUCAAGAAGAACCAAAGAAACUUAUUAAAGGUGGUUUGUGUUGCUGAAAAAGCUGAUAGGUAUGAUGAAGAAGAAUACAUGCCUGGUCCAACGCAGGACAACGUAACUUAUGAUAAAGUAAACACGGCCUGUCAAAGAUAUAAAGAACUAAAGAAGGAAGUUAAAAAGCAAUUAGAAAACAUUGAUUUAUAUGAAGAAAACAAGUCGGAUUGGAAUGCGAUAAGAAGUUUAGAAAUUCCAACAAAUGUUAAAGGUGUCGAGUGCGUAUAUGUAUCUGAAGCAAGCGCCUCGCUUGCUUGGAGAAACGAAGGUUUUCGCUACGUAGUACGUCGGCAAGAAAGCACUGAAACGAUCUGGAACGAAGUGGAAGAGAAUUACCAACCAUGGGACGAUUGUUUUAACUUUGUCAAUAUUCCUGUUGAAGCUGAUCGUACAUACAACUUCUCCAUUACAGCUGUUAGUAAAGUUGGAGAAUCACAAGCCACCAAAAUACAAUAUCAUCAUGAAUCUCGAGAAUACACAGGAAGUCAGACCAUCGAAAAUAUUCGUCGCAUAAUGCUGGAUAACGAUACAGAGGAAAUGGCUAGACUUCUGCGUGAGGAGCAAAAUAUUGUCAAUCUAAGGGAUGAGGAAGGUGACACAGCAUUGUAUUAUGCGAUAGAACACCAGAGAACAAGCAUGGUAAAACUGUUGAUCGAACAUGGAGCUGACUAUGCAACAGGGAACAAGGAUGGUAUAAAUGCUUAUCACAAAGCUGCCUCCGAAGAUGUGUACAAUAUACUGAGUUAUCUGCUUGAGUUAGAUGAUUCAUAUGUAGACGAAGUAGAUAAAAAGAAUCGUACUCCAUUGAUCUUAGCUUCAAAAAACGGCUAUACACGUUGCGUGAAGCUGCUACUCAAGCAUUAUGCCGAUCGUGAUAAAAUUAAUAUAUAUGGUAAAAGUGCGUUCGAUGUUGCCGGAAUACCACAUACAGAUGAGAUACGACAACUGCUGAGUAAGAAGGGCUCUCAGUUUAUAAAAUAGAAGAAAAAUGAAUACUUACUGAACGAAAAGUUAUAAGCAAAUAGUUCAAGAACUAAUUCCAAAGCGACAAACAUAAAAGCAGAAAUAACGUUUUCGAAAUGUUUCGUUACUUCACUUGCAUUUGUACAUAUUUUCUUGAAAAAAAGAGUGAAAUAAUA